GAACUUUUUGUUAAAUGUUAAUAAACAAUAAUCGUAAAAUUAUAAUCACACACCUAAAGUCAUACGAUCACACGCGACUUACCUCUUCUUACAAUCUCCAUUACCCUCAAGCCAGCCAUCCGUUUGAUAGUUUUAUUGAGCUUUUGUGCAUUAAGUGUUGACGUUAAUAUUUUAUUUGCUUUCAACUGAACUAACUAUGGCCGAAGCAAUGAGACAAACAGUAGCGUCGCUUUUGCAGGGCAUUGAAAGAUACAAUCCCCAGCAUUUGUCUACCCUUGAACACUACGUGGAAGUACAGUCUCAAGAGAACACGUACGAUCUAGAAGCGAACCUUGCUGUUCUCAAAAUAUAUCAAUUUCAUCACGAUUAUAAUUUGGAUAUCACCGUGCAGAUCAUGUUGAAGGCGAUCACCAACUUUCCUCAUUCUGAUUUCGUGCUUUGCAAAUGUCUGUUGAAUGAAAAAUUGUGUCAAGAAGCUCCAUUAAGUCAAGUAUUAUUCUUGGCUGAUCUAUUGGAAAACUGCAACUUCAAAGAAUUUUGGUAUAAUGUUCAUACCAUGCCUGAACUGUAUGCUAAAGUCAAUGGCUUUUUAGAUUCUGUGCGCAAGUUUGUGUGCCAUGUAAUUGGUAUAACAUUUCAGUCUAUUGAAAAACAUUUUCUUAUGGAAUUACUGGGAGGGAUUGACGAUGCUGCUUUAAAACAUUGGAUACUAAAAUAUAAUUGGAAGGAACUGGAUAAUAAAUAUGUGUUUGUAGCUAAUCAAGACGAAAAUAUCAAAACCAAAAAUAUUACUGAAAAGAUUGAUUAUGAAAAUAUUUUGGGUGUUAUGGCAAGUUGUCGUUAAUUUAUAAA